AUGCCUCAUCCUCUUGUUCCACCUCCUUCUUCCCUCAUAAACACCCUUUUCUUCUUCUCACUCUUCUUCCCAACAUCUAUAUCUAGUGAUGCUGAAGGGUACACAGCAUGUGAACCUUUUAGCUGUGGGAAAUUCGACAAUAUUAGGUACCCAUUUUGGAGUAAGGACCAACAAGAUUAUUGUGGGCAUCCAAAGUUCAUGCUUGAUUGCCAACAAGACAACGUGACCAUUGACAUCAUGUCACAGACAUUCCAAGUCAUUGAUAUGGAUCAGAUAUCUAAGGUUUUGAAGAUUGCAAGCAACACUUCCAAUGAUGUUGAGUACACUUUGUUAUAUGACUGUGGCCCUCUUGGAUAUGCGUCUAGUAGUGUGAAUAUUGAAGGAGCAAUACAAUUUAAUUGCCGCAUAGGUGGUGAUCUUCAAGCUGGAUUCUUUGUGUUGAGUACUGAUGUGGUUAAUUUCAAUAGUCUGAGUUGCAAGAAUAGCAUCACUGUUUAUGUCCUAAAAGAGGCUGUGAAGAAUGAUUCGGUUGUGGACAAUGUUUUAGGAAGAGAAUUUGAGGUUGGAUGGAGUGGUGUUAAUGAAGAUCAAUGUAAUGGUUGCUCAAAAUCUGGUGGGAGAUGUGGACACAAUGCAUCUGUGGAUGCGUUUACGUGUCUCUGUCCUAAUCAGCAGUCUGAUGGUGAGGUUUGUAGCAAAAUCCUGGCAAGUUCUUCAUAUGCUCCUAAUGUAGAGAAGAUGAUAGUCAUUAGUGAUGGUCAUGAAUACAAGCGUUUUGUUUUCCAUCCUCGUAUUGCAUGUGGAGCAAUGGGAGUCUUCAUGAUGUGCAUCAUAAUAUGCUGUAGUAAAUGUAUGUCAUCAAAAAGAAAGGUAAUAUUUAGGAUGACAAACGACCAAGAUAUUGAGGUAUUCUUAAAAAAUCAUGGGACUCUAGCACAAAAGAUAUAUAAAUUUUCAGAAGUGAAGAAAAUGACCAACAACUUCUCAGUUAAACUGGGUGAAGGUGGUUUUGGUGUUGUCUACAAAGGAGAGAUACUCAAUGGUUAUCCUGUGGCGGUAAAGAUAUUAAGUGCAUCAAAAGGAAAUGGCCAAGAAUUUAUCAAUGAGGUUGCCAGCAUCAGUAGGACUUCUCAUGUUAAUGUUGUCCAACUUCUUGGAUUCUGUUUGGAAGGAAAGACGAAAGCUCUGAUUUAUGAAUACAUGGCUAACGGUUCUCUCGAUAAGUUCAUUAGUAAUAAGGGAUUCGAAAGCACUCCAUCUUUGAGCUGGGAUAAUUUGUUGCAAAUUGCCAAAGGGAUAGCCCAAGGACUAGAUUACUUGCACAAGGGAUGCAACACUCGAAUUUUUCAUUUUGACAUAAAACCACAUAACAUUCUUUUGGAUGAGGACUUAUGUCCCAAGAUAUCAGAUUUUGGGCUUGCAAAACUUUGUCCUGCCAAAGAAAGCACUAUUCUCAUGUCAGAUGCUAGAGGAACAAUAGGAUACGUAGCUCCAGAAGUGUUUAACAAACAUUUUGGUGGAGUUUCUCAGAAGUCUGACGUCUACAGUUAUGGAAUGAUGCUACUAGAAAUGGUGGGAGUGAGGAACAAUAUUAAUUUAGAAGCUACUGAAACAAGUGAGUACUUCCCAGAUUGGAUAUACCGCAAGUUAGAGCAAGGGGAAGAUUCGAGAACUGACGGGGUGAUAGACACAGAAGAUAAAGAGAUAGAAAGGAGAAUGAUUGUAGUUAGUUUAUGGUGCAUUCAAACGUUUCCAAAGGACAGACCUACCAUGAGUAAAGUAAUAGAUAUGCUAGAAGGCAACAUGAAUUCCCAAGAAAUGCCCCCAAAACCCUUGCUUUCUUCUCCCACUACUAGAUCGGUGCCAGAAUGGACCACUAGUUCUUUGCAGUCUGUGUAG